AUGAAGGCGACCGAAGUUGGCCUCACUUCUCAGGUCAGCACUCUGACUUCACGGUGCCACGGCUUCCCGAGGGUAGGCUGGGAUGACAGCCCUCAGCUCCGCUCCCCUGAGACCAGGUUCGGGCGGCACUUUGAGUCGCCGCUCCUGUGGCAGAGCAUAAUCAUGAUCCUGACCAUGCUUCUGAUGCUGAAACUCUGCACCGAAGUCCGCGUGGCCAACGAGCUGAACAUAAAACGUCGCUCCUUUGCAGCUGCAGACAGUAAGGACGAAGAACUCAAAGUCCCCCCCACGCGGUCCUGUCUGGACCUCGACCCUCACCAUUUCUGGCGCUGGAGCAGCUUUGCAGACUAUGUGCAAUGUGUGCUGGCCUUCGCGGGUGUGGCCGGCUACAUCACCUACCUGUCCAUUGACUCCGCCCUGUUUGUGGAGACGCUGGGCUUCUUUGCUGUGCUGACCGAAGCGAUGCUGGGCGUGCCGCAGCUGUACCGGAACCACUGCCACCGCUCCACAGAAGGCAUGAGCCUCAAGAUGGUGCUCAUGUGGACGAGUGGUGAUACCUUCAAAACAGCCUACUUUCUGCUCAACGGCGCGCCCCUGCAGUUCUCUGUCUGUGGGCUGCUGCAGGUGCUGGUGGACCUGGCCAUCCUGGGCCAAGCCUACGCCUUUGCCCGGCACCCUCAGAAGCCGGUGCCCCAUGCAGUGCAUCCCGUCAGCGCCAAGGCCUUGUGAGCUGUCCAGGGGAGACAGGGACAUGUCACCCUGGCUUGGUGCUGGCCAGCCGCCUGUGUUCCCAGGCCUGCCUCGCAGGCCGGCGCUGUGGGCAGCACAGAGGGGGUGGGCCGACAGAGACCAGGUUCUGGUUUCUCCGCCAGUGUCGGCCUGGGGCGCUGGGUGCCCAGGGCCAGGGCUGCUGUUCCUUCACGUUCAGCUGUCACCAGGAUGGUGAGAGCACAUCUCAAAGCCGAGGCUGGCCGGCGUGUUUCUAAGCUGAUGGAAAUGGCAAUCCUCGUCCUCUCAGAAAAUACUGGCCCAGCCCUGAACCAGGCUCUUGGUCCCCUGGAAGGGCUACAGGCUCCGUGAUCUUCUCUACCCAGGCCCAUCAUCCAGUCUCCCCAGGCAGGCAAGAAGACCUUGCCUGGUGGCCUGUGGCUCCUUGGACAGAGCAGGUCUCGGCUGCUGGAGGCCAGUAUUCCACAGCUGUCGGCUGUGUCUGGGGUGGCGGGAGCCGCUGGCUUGAAAUCUGUUACUGUGUUCUCUUUCUCUGUUUGCCAUGAGGCUGCAUGG